UUUCAUGCUUGUUUGAGUGUAAGAAUUGGGUUUAUUAGAUUAAGUAUUGCUUGGUUUCUUCUGUUCUUUUUAGUUGGGGUUAUUACAUGUCUAAGAUGGGCCAGAAUUGCAAUGAUGAUGUAUGAGAAUUUGUUCAUUGAUCUGUUCCUUGUAACUAGUUAAUUAAGUGUUUCUGGAAGUGGGUUUUGCCUGUUAAUUGGUAAAAAUUCGAUUUUUGUGCAAAAUUUAGUUUUGGAUUUGUAAAUAGUGCGAGUUCGUAAAUGCAUGAGAGAUUCUGGGGUUCUUUUGUUUCUGGGAUGAUGGUUUCUUGUGGGCUUGCUAUAAAUUUAUCCACUUUAGCAUGAUUCAGAUCGAGUAGGAGAAGUGAUAAGGCUUAAAGAAGACUAAUUUGGUCAUGGAUGAUUUUGUCAACUCUAAUUCCAUUGCUAUUUGUGAUUUACUUGCAAUUUCUGUUCUUAAAUGGGAGUAGUUCCCCUGGCAGUUUUGACUUGUCCUUUCUCGUCAGAAUUGAUGAUGAGGCUGCCAUAUAGCUCUGUCUAUUUCGACUCUCUAGCGGGUUAAGGGGCUUUUUCAGCUUGUUUAACUUGGCAAUUAUUCAGCCUUAAAACAUUGUUAGCAAGUGAUGAUAUUGGUUUCUACUUGUUGUCUAUAGCUUUUGACUUGUGGUUGCUUAUUAGGAUUAGGAAGUUUCCAUUGUGAGUUAAAGUAUUUCUUUGAGGAGUCUGUUUGAAUUGAACCAUUGUGGGAUUCAUCUUUUGCUGGGGAACUUUUUGAGUUGGCUGCUUCAGAGUUUUGUUGCCAUUUGGGCCUGUUUCUUCACUCACUUUAGCCUCCUGGAGAGCGAGAAGACAGUAGCUGCACUGAAGAAAUUCUUACGAGUCUAGUCAUGUUCAAGCAGUCACCUAGCAGAAGUCAGAGAUCUAGAGGAAUUAAAGUUAAACAUGUUUUGCAAAUAUGUUUCCUUCUUGCUGUUUGUUUUUGGUUAGUAUACCAAGUCAAGCGUUCACAUGAUAAGAAGAAGGAAUUCGAUGAAACUGAUGUGAAGAACUCUGAACAGGCACAAUAUAGCAGCGAGGUUGUAAAACUUGGGAGGAAAGAUCUUCAUCCCAGAGUGGAGGAAACAGAUACAACUAGUACAAAACAAGAGGAAGAAGCAGAAGAAAAUGUUGGAGAAGAGGAGGAAAAUAAGAAUGAUGAAGAAGAACAUGCUGAUGACAAGAAGUCUGAGGAGAAAGAAGAUGAAGGUGGAGGGAUUGGAGAUGAUGAGAUAGAUGAACAUGGAGAUGAUAAACCAGAGGAUGAGGUUGAUCGCGAAGAGGAUGUGACAGAGGAAGAGAAGAAGGAAGCGGUUGAUGAGAAGGAAAACGAAGAGAAAGAUUCUGAAGAUAAGAGUGGCCAGGUGGAGAAUGAUAGCUCUUUGGGGGAGCGUGAUGACGAUGAUGAAAAAGAGCACGAGGCAAGAGAAGAACAUUACAAGGCAGACGAUGCUUCCAGUGCAGUGACACAUGAAUCUGAAGAUAAUAGUGCUGAAAAUGAGAAUGGAAGCUCGGAAAACUCCAAUGAAGUUGCUGCAGAAAAUGUUGUAGAAAGUGAAGACGCGACCAAUACCCAUGAAAAUGAUGUUGCUGAGAAAACAACCGGUUCAAAGAUUGAAGAUAGAGAGAUGGCAGAAAAUGUAGGUCCUCCAAAUACAACAGCCAAUGAAGGCAAGGCAAAUGUUGGAUCCAUGCCCGAUAAUGUCUCUUCAUCUUCAAAUCAUCUCAAUCAAAUCGACAACACAACAGAAGCGAGUGCAGGUGGAGGUGCUGAUGGUUUGUCUAUGCAGAAUAGUGCAGGAACGCAGUCUGAGAAUGUCACAACAGAGAAUACGACCUCUGGAGAUGGCUCUGGCCUGCACACUAUUCCUUUAGAUCAGGGAAAGAACAAUAGCUCAAGUUCCAAUGACAGUCACACUGAUUCUACUACAACAGCAGCCUCCAAAAUUGAGGGUUCCGAUUCAAACUCAGGGGAGGCCUCAAAGACAGACAACACUACACUUUCUACUAAGUCAGAGAAGUCUGGUAAUUCAUCCAAUGGAACGGAGGAUAACUCAAGGUCUUCAACUGUGGAAACCAACGAUGCAACUGAGGCUGAGAAGUCGGGAGACACUAGUGAUGGAGCUGCAGAUGGAACGGAUGAUGAUGCUGCUAAAACUGAGAAUGCGGAAGAAGUCCAAAAUGAUCCUAUUGAUUCAUCUGAUUCUUCGAUGGGCUUGGUAGAGAAAGAAGUUAGGACAGACCUAGAUACUUUGCCAGAGAUACAGACUGAAGGAAGCCACGAUGAAGAUGCUGCAGCAGAAUGAAUGUUUGGAGGAUAGGAAUCUUGGCUAGUUUUGUUUAUGCUUUCACAUUCUGUUUUCUCACAUUUUUUUUUUUCAUCUUUCUAGAAAUGGUUUUAGUUUUUAAGGAGUGUUUGUUAUAGUGUGAAAAUUGGAAAUGCAAUCACUCCCUACAGUAUAUGGCCUUACGGAUGUUGUUUCAACUUUGAGGGCAACAUGUAACAAGUUAGUAUUAAACUGUUAUCUAAGAAUGAAACUGUAUAAUCCAUUUCCUCUGUUCCUUCA